AUGAAAAAAGUCGGCUCGUGUCCGCAUCGACCGGGGGCGGGGCCGAGGGCGGUGCCGGCCUCCCCGCCCCGCCCCCGGGCCGACUGCCGCCGUCGGCUAGGCCCGACCGGCAGUCGCUCGGCCGCCGCCACGCGCCGCGCACGGCAUGCCCCGCGAAUGGGAGUGUACGAAGAGAGGGGGGCGAUGCACUGGCAACAGAGUGAGCGGUACCUAUCUUCGGCAUACGAGGCGGGGGCCGAGUUGUCACCUGUGGCGCCAGUCGCGUCGCCAGGCUCGCCCCGUGACUGCACUUCGUGUCGCAAGAGGGAGCCGCCAGAUGAACCACCACCACCACCCCCCGAGGACGGAUGCGCAGGCUGUGGAGCUAGGAUAACAGACAGAUAUUAUCUUCUGGCCCUUGAAAGACGCUGGCAUACCCCCUGCCUGAGAUGCUGCGAAUGCAAGAUGCCACUCGACUCGGAACAGAGAUGCUACGCGCGAGAUAGCAAUAUAUUUUGCAAAAAUGACUACUUCAGGUUAUAUGGUUCAAAGCGAUGUGCGAGGUGUAACACGCCCAUCUCGGCGUCUGAGUUAGUGAUGCGCGCUCGAGACCUGGUGUUCCACGUGCACUGCUUCUCAUGCGCGCUCUGCAGCACGAGGCUUACGAAGGGUGACACGUUCGGUAUAAGAGAUUCAGCUGUCUAUUGCAGGCUACACUAUGAAACUAUGCCGGACUACGGCCCCCAUAUGGCGGUUCCAGGGCCUCCUCAGAUGUGUCCAGGACCCUAUCCAGGGCCCCCUCCUGGCUCUCACUACCCUCCAUACCCGUCACCCGAAUUCACACGAGUAGAGCACGAUGUUCCUAAAGGCCCUUUCUUCAAUGGUGCUGCAGCCCCUCCCCCUCGACAAAAAGGGCGUCCUAGAAAAAAGAAACCAAAAGACCAAGAUAUCAUGACAGCCAACCUUGAUCUGAAUCCUGAGUACUUGGAGAUGGGGUUCCGAGGCGGCGGCGGGCUGGGAACAACCUCGCGCACGAAGCGCAUGCGCACCAGCUUCAAACACCAUCAACUGCGCACUAUGAAGUCCUACUUCGCCAUCAAUCACAAUCCCGACGCGAAAGACCUGAAGCAACUUAGCCAGAAGACUGGCCUCCCCAAAAGGGUUUUACAGGUAUGGUUCCAGAAUGCACGAGCGAAAUGGCGACGUAUGGUGACGAAGCAGGAGAACAAGAUGGCGGAGAAGUGUUCUCCGGACGGCUCUCUGGAGAUGGACAUGUACCAUGGACAGAUAGGGUCGAUUCAGUCGCUGCCGCCGCACAGCCCGCCCUACAGUGUGAUGGGCGGUCCUGCCAGCCCCAACUCUAUGGAUUGUCCA